AUGGAUCGUCAGAUCAAACUAUACACAAAGUGUCAGGAGGCAGUGAAGUUGUGCAGGAAACCUAUCAUUAAUGCAGGGGAUGGAGUAGGGGAACAUCCAACUCAGGCAUUGCUAGAUGUGUUUACCAUCCGCGAGGAGAUAGGGACAGUCAACGGACUGACUAUAACUAUGGUUGGAGAUCUGAAGAAUGGCCGCACCGUCCAUUCCCUGGCUCGACUUCUGACACAGUACAGGGUCAAUAUCCGCUACGUGUCUCCGGAUUCGCUGAAGAUGCCCGAUGAUGUCAAACAAGACGUGGCAGCAAGAGGGAUAUCACAGGAGGAAUCGACUGCAUUAGAAGAUUUCCUGUCUGACACAGAUGUUUUAUACAUGACUCGCAUCCAGAAGGAAAGAUUCAGCAGUGAGGAAGAAUACAAAAAGAAUCGUAAGCGGGGAUGAAUACUGUAUGCAUGCAAUUGUCAGGUAGGUUUUACUGUGUGCAUA